AUGUUUGAUUUUCUAUUGAAGCCGUUCUCGCCUCUCACAGCCUUCUAUAAUAGCUUGGUCGUGGUCAAUUGCGCCUUUCAACAAUUUGAAAUCAAACAACUCUCUUAUGACCCCAUCCAAGCUGACCAAAUUGUAGCCAAUUACAACUAUGAUCCCUUUGCUGGCCAAGAUGUUGGUGUGCUUGUUAUGAAUGAUAUUGAAGAGGACUUCACCGCUGUUGAUAAACUGAUGGAGGAUGUCGAUGAUGAUUAUUGCUUGACUCAUUGUCUUGUUGAAAAUGAAGCUGUAGAUGCAAAUGUCGAUACUACUGCUGUUACUCCUGCACAUUUAGUGGGCUGCCUCCGUAUCUUUGUCGCAAAUGUAGUUGAGAAUAUUACUUGCUCCUUCAUCUUUGGUGCGCUCCUCUCAUGUGAUUACGUCUUGUCCGAGAAAAGGUCCAUUGAGGAUUUCGUUCAUGUAAAAUCAGAAGAGCUCAAGAAUAACCGCAUUUUACGCUGCCGUCCAACAUGCAGCCGUGCUUCUUCCUCUUCUUCGCCACCCAAGAUGAGAGGAUUCGGUGUUGAUUUUGGCGUGCCUGGUAUCAAAUAUGUGGAAUUUGCAACUGUGCCUGAUGUUGAUUCAGUUGUGCCUGGUGCUGACUUUGCUGCUGUUGUCCCUGUAUAUUCUCGCUGGAAAGCUCAAAUCAAAAAUGAAGUCGCUCGUCGUAGGGAGUCGUAUAUUCGCUUUAACCGGGAGCAUGAGGAUAUUGACGGCUGGGGAUUCAUUAGAAAUGACUUUUCUAUCCAAGCUGCAAACUAA